AUUUUUGAUCUUUAAAAUAUAAAUCAUGCCUCUGUUCGGAAAAUCACAAAAAAGUCCGGCUGAGGUUGUUAAGGCCCUGAAAGAAGCGGUCAAUGCACUGGAGCGUGGAGAAAAAAAAGUUGAAAAGGCUCAAGAAGAUGUUAGUAAAAAUCUUGUUCACAUAAAAAAUAUGCUUUAUGGAACUGCUGAAACAGAGCCACAAGCUGAUAUUGUUGUUGCUCAACUUGCCCAAGAAUUGUACAACAGUAAUUUAUUACUAAUGCUUGUACAAAAUUUAAGUCGUAUUGAUUUUGAGGGUAAGAAGGAUGUCGCUCAAGUAUUUAAUAAUAUAUUGCGACGACAAAUUGGCACAAGAUCACCAACUGUUGAAUAUAUCUGCACAAAACCAGAAAUAUUAUUUACACUUAUGUCUGGUUAUGAACAUCAGGAUAUUGCAUUAAAUUGUGGUACAAUGUUGAGAGAAUGUGCACGAUAUGAAGCACUUGCUAAAAUUAUGAUUUAUUCUGAGGAUUUUUAUAAUUUCUUUAGAUACGUUGAGGUAUCAACAUUUGACAUUGCAUCUGAUGCAUUUUCUACUUUCAAGGAAUUAUUGACAAGGCAUAAAAUACUGAGUGCUGAAUUUUUAGAAGUCAAUUAUGAUAAAGUAUUUUCACAUUAUCAAAGGUUGUUGAACUCGGAAAACUACGUAACUCGUCGACAGAGUUUAAAACUACUGGGGGAAUUAUUACUUGAUCGACACAAUUUUGCUGUCAUGACCCGAUAUAUAUCGAAUCCAGAUAAUUUAAAAUUAAUGAUGAACAUGCUUAAGGAAAAAUCACGCAAUAUACAAUUUGAAGCCUUCCACGUAUUCAAGGUAUUUGUUGCAAAUCCAAAUAAACCAAAACCAAUAUUGGAUAUAUUAUUACGCAAUCAAGAAAAAUUGAUUGAGUUUUUAACUCGCUUCCAUACAGACAGAUCAGAAGAUGAACAAUUUAAUGAUGAAAAAGCAUAUCUUAUUAAACAGAUCAAAGAAUUAAAGUCUGUCCAUGAAAAUUAAAAAUCAAUUGUUUUUUUUUUUUCUUCUUUUUUUCUUUUUUAAGUUUUAACAAUUUACAAUUUUGAGGAUUAUUUUUUUUUUUUUUGUUUUUUUUCACUGUAGUUGUAAAUAAAAUUUACAUCCAGAUUUAAUUAAUUAAUUUACUACUGUAUAAUACAGACUCAAAACAACGUAUGACAUACUCCAACGUAAAAAAAUAAUUUUAUGCAAAAAAACCACGAGAAACAUAAUGAAAUUUAUUAGUAAAAAAAAAAAAAGAAAAAAUUUAUUACGAAUGAUUAAUCUAAAAAAAUAAACGUAAAUUAAAUCGAAUAAUACUAGCCUAGUAUGGCAGCUACAAUAAAAUUAAAAAUAAAAAAAAAAAA